UCAGACGAUAUACCUCCUACGCGUCAUGAGAAGUAUUACAUGGAAGAUGCACUUUCAAUCUUCCUAGUUUCUGGUCGCCUAUACAAAGUACACCGAUAUCUACUAUCACAGUCGGUCGCCUUUCGCGACAUGUUCACAUGUCCUCCUGGUCCCAAUGCUAUGGUGCAAGGCGAAACAGAUGCCGACCCAAUCACUCUACAAGGAGUGACCCAGGAGGAGUUCGAGGCUCUUCUCGAUGUAUUCUACGAUAGUAAUCAUGACGGGUAUUCCAAAAUCACUCUCCAGCAAUGGAUGCACAUCUUGUCUAUUGCUUCAGUCUUCCAAUUCGAUAACAUCAGAGAGCGUGCCAUCAGGGAGAUCACGAAACACGAACCUAAUCUAGACGCUAUGCAGGAGAUAGAAUUAGCACUGAAACACGAAGUGCGCCAAUGGGCUCUAGAAGGACUCGCCAAGCUCUUAUUGCGGCCUGAAGUCCUGGACGAGGAUGAGGCUUCGCGCCUGCCUUUGGGUAUGGUAGUGAAACUUUGGAAGGCACGAGAGGAGUACGUGACAGACAAGCUGAGCAGGUCACCGCAUGUUCGUUUAAGUCAUCGAGCCUAUGUUUUAAAACAUUUCGAUGGCUAUUCUUUUCCAUGAUAGUUUUUUUGGGCACAAUGCUUCAUCUUGAUUGUAUAGAAAUCUAUCCAGAAUACCGACCUCGACAAGUACAAAUAUCACUAUGAUUAUGGUCAGGCCAUCCUAUUGGCGAGCCUUUCAUGAUUAAAAUGUAUGGUAGUAAAUAGCAGAGACUAGUGUCGUCUAUACAGCAGCGCUGAAUGCGAAAAUAUAAGCUG